AUGGAUUCCUGCCUGGCUUUUAGCCAGUUUCCAGUCCAUUACUUGUCCUCUUAUCCCUUGACUCUGAAGUUUGCUCAGGAGUCUUUGGUGAGGAACUUUGUCAAAAGCCUUCUGGAAACCCAAAUAAACAAUACCUACCAGCUCAUCCCUGUCCACGUGCUUACUGAUACUUUCAAAGAACUGUACAAGUUCCGUCCGACUCGCAGAGCUCCAGGUGCCGCCUGGAGGUUGGCAAGCCCGGCCCGGCCUCCCCGGCAGGGCUGUUGCGAGGGCGAGAACUGGGCGAGAUGCCGGCCGGCCGGCCUCGGGCGACGGGUCCCGGCGCGCCCCCUCCAGCUGCGGGGCGGGGCCGGCGGGCCGGGGCGGCAGGUGAGCGGGCAGGUGAGGCGCUGGCCCCGCCCGCCCCGCCCGCCCCGCUCCCUCCGCCUCCGCCUCCUGGUGGCCGCCCUGCCGGCCAUGAAGCUGGGCCCCGAGCGGUGGCGGGGCGGCGGGGGGCCGCGCUCCGAGCCCCCGGAGCCCGCCGGGCCGGCAGCCGCCCAGGAGCCGCCCGUGGCCGCCGUCCCGGGGACUGCUAUCGAGCUGAAUGGGGCAAUCCUGGAGGGGAACCAUCCCCCACCUUCCGCCAGUCCAACCCAGGGCCAGCCCGUUGCUCCACCACCGGGGUCCAUCCAGCCCCGAGAGACAUGGGGUGGGAAAUACGAGUUCCUGCUCUCCUGCUUGGGGUACUGCGUGGGGCUUGGGAAUGUCUGGCGCUUCCCAUAUCUCUGCUAUCGCAAUGGAGGGGGUGUGUUUCUGAUCCCCUAUGCCCUCAUGCUUCUCUUCACGGGGCUGCCCCUCUUCCUGAUGGAGCUCAGCCUGGGCCAGUAUGGGGCAGCGGGACCCAUAACCGUCUGGAAGUGCUGCCCCUUGUUGAAAGGGAUCGGGAUCGGGAUGCUGCUGGUGUCCUCGCUGGUCUCUCUCUACUACAAUGUCAUCAUCAGCUGGACUUUCUACUACCUGGGCAUGUCCUUCCAGAGCCCUCUGCCCUGGUCCUGUGAUGCCCAACAGAAUGCCCACCUCUGCCGGGCCCAGAACGACUCAUUGGGAAACGUCUCUCGGAUCAGCGCCAGUGAAGCCUUUUGGAACGAGCAGGUGCUGGGGGUGGUGCACAGCUCCGGCCUUGGGGACCCCGGCCCGGUGAGGUGGCCGCUGGCUCUGUGUCUGCUCCUGGCAUGGCUGGUCAUCUUCCUGUGUACGCUGAAAGGGAUCCACAGUUCCGGCAAGGUGGUGUACUUCACGGCCACGUUCCCCUACCUGGUCAUAGUGGUUCUGAUUAUCCGGGGCGCUACCUUGGAGGGCUCCAUUGACGGGGUGCGCUUCUACCUCUCUGCAGACUGGAGCCGGCUGCACAGUGCUCAGGUCUGGAACGACGCUGCCUCCCAGAUCUUCUACUCUUUGGGGAUCGGCUUUGGGGGCCUCCUCUCUAUGGCUUCCUACAACAAGUUUGACAACAACGUGAUCAGGGACACCUUGGUGAUCGCCAUCGGCAACUGCUGCACCAGUUUCUUUGCCGGCUUUGCCAUCUUCUCCAUCCUCGGCCACAUGGCCUGGCGGAAGAAGGUCCCGGUGGGGGAAGUGGCCGAUUCAGGUCCUGGGUUGGCGUUUGUUGCCUACCCAGAAGCCCUUGCUCUGCUGCCCGGCUCAACUUUCUGGUCCGUGCUCUUCUUCAUGAUGCUCUUCACCUUGGGAAUCGACACGCUGUUCGGCAACAUGGAAGGCAUCACGACCGCCGUGUUAGAUGAGUUCCCCUCCCUGCGUGACUUCAAGCGGAAGGCCCUCUUCCUGGGGGGGCUCUGCUUCACCUUCUACUUGCUGGGCCUCCUACUGGUUACCGAGGGGGGCAUCUACUGGUUCACCCUCAUGGAUGCCUACAGCACCAGCUUUGGCCUCAUCAUCAUCGUCCUCUUCAUGUGCCUUGGUGUCGCCUUCUUUUACGGUGUGAACCAAUUCUGCCAAGACAUCAUUGACAUGAUCUGCCGCUGCCCGCCCUGGUGCAGCAAACUGGUCCUCUACUUCAAAGCCUGUUGGAUGAUCAUUACACCGGGGCUGCUCCUGUUCACCCUCUUCUACAUCUUCCUGGGUUUGUCCAGCACGACUCUGCACUACGGCACCUACGAGUAUCCGCGCUGGGGGGAGGCCCUGGGGGUCUGCCUGGGGGUCCUGACCUGCAUCCAGAUCCCACUGUGGGCGGUUGUCGCUCUCUGCAAGGAGUCUGGGACCCUGGCGGACAGGUUCAGGAAAGCCAUCCACCCGCUAAAUUCCUGGCGCACCCCACAUGGGCGUGACCUCUCUCACCACAUCAUCGACGUCCCUUACACUGUGAACCUGACGGACCACGACUUCACGGGGGGCUGGCAGCAGCAGGGCAGCAACACCCGGCUGCUAGUUUGUGUUUCGCAUGCCCUGGUCGCCAACAGGAACAAGCUUGCCCAAAGGAGCUCCGGGCCUGGUGACCUCCUGCAGCUGGUCGCUGGUGGCCGGACCCAGGAGAAAAACCUCUUUAAGCAACGAGGAGUUAAACUCUGGAAUUCACAGCCGGUGGAGGCAGUGAUGGCCGAGAGAAGAGAGAAUUAG